AUGUCUGAAGAAGAACGAAAGGUUCCAGUGGACAUCAGAAUGCGAAGAUUCUCUCACCCGGCUCAAAAAUAUCUGAGCCAACCACCAGUACUUAGUCGGCCAGAGAAAGGGAGACCUCUGCAGCUAUACAUCACAGUGACCGAGCAUGCCAUUAGUUCGGUGUUAGUACAAGACCGUGAAGACAAACAAUACCCGGUCUAUUUUGUAAGUCGAUUGCUACAUGGAGCGGAAAAACGAUACCCAACUCUGGAGAAAGCGGCCCUGGCUGUGAUCACCUCCGCCAGGAAACUUAGGCACUACUUCCAAAGCUUCAACAUUCAGGUGAAGACUGACCUCCCUGUAAAGCAAAUCCUUAAACGACCUGACAUGACAGGACGUUUAGUGAAAUGGGCCAUAGAAUUGGCAGAAUACGACAUAACAUACGAGCCGAGAGGACCAAUUAAAGCUCAAGCAUUGGUUGAUUUCCUUGCUGAACUCACUUUGCCAACAUCGUUAGACUCGGACAAAGUUCCCACCGGUUCAGCUCCUCCCGAGUGGAUCCUAUCCGUCGACAGCGCAUCGAACCAGAAGGGAAGCGGAGCUGGAGUCGUCCUCGAGGGUCCAGGUGGGGUACUGAUUGAGCAAUCCCUCAGGUUUUCGUUCAAAGCCAGUAAUAACAAGGCCGAAUACGAAGCACUAAUCGCAGGAAUGCUGUUAGCUAGGGAGAUCAGAGUGAAGAGGUUGUCAGCCCGGAGCGACUCACUACUAGUCACAGGUCAAUACAGCGGAGAAUUCUCGGCAAAUGAUCCGCAAUUAGCCAAAUACUUGGAGUACGUAAAGUUGUUGGCGAAAACUUUCGAAACCUUUCGUUUGGAUCACGUUCCUCGACAAGAUAAUAGCAGAGCAGACCUCUUAUCCAAGCUCGCCAGUUUUACUAAGCCCGGCCAGCACAAAUCAGUGAUCCGAGAAACAUUAACCUCGCCCAGAGUAGAUUCAUCAAGCGAACUCAAAAUAAUGAGCUUAAGCGGGGUCUCCAACUCCGGGUCGUGGAUAAAUCCUAUCAGGUCCUACCUAGCCGACGGCGUCCUACCUGCCAACUCAGAUGAAGCUCAACGCGUGAAGAGAAACUCAUCUCGCUACACCCUGGUAGACGGACACCUUUUUCGUUUCGGGUUCUCAAGACCUAUACUGAUGUGUGUAGAGAACACGGAAGCUCGGAGAAUUAUGUCCGAGUUACACGAGGGGAUCUGCGGUAGUCACAUCGGAGGAAGAGCCCUGAUAUUGAGAAUUCUUCGAGCUGGCUACUUUUGA